UUAUAAAGAAUGUAAUUAGGUGAUAAAUAUUUUCAUUGUAUGUAUAGCACAUUUCAUACAUAAUUUUGAUAUUAGAAUAAUGUUUAUUUACUUAUUAUUAGACUAAUAAUGAAUGAACACUAUUUAUUUAAAGGAAAGACAGUCCCUAGAAAUCACAAUGGCUUGGAAUAUAUAUUGCACCUCUCUACUUUUUUUGACGGUGUUUUUGGCACAGCAAGUUUCUUCACAAGAUGUAUCAAGCUGUGAAGGGAGAUGUGGGGAAGGGUAUAAUAGGCAACAUGGCUGCCAAUGUGAUAGUAACUGCCUUCUCUACGCGGAGUGCUGCCCAGAUUACCAGACAAUCUGCGUUGAAGACCUCUCCUGCAAAGGACGCUGCACGGCACACUUUGUAAGAGGGAAACCUUGUGACUGUGAUCCUGACUGUAAUACGUUUGGCAAAUGCUGCCCAGACUUUGAAGAGGCCUGUCCAGUAGUUACAACGAAAGCACCAGCAACCACAACUGCCACAACCAGGGCUCCACAGACAACCACCACCGUUCUUCCCAUCAGCACCACAACUAAACCGCCAACCACAACACCCAAAAUAAAGUCAACAACAAAACGUUCCCCAAAACUUAACUCCAAACCCAAACCUAAGCCCAAGCCCAAGCCUAAGCCCAAGCCUAAACCCAAGCCUUUAAAGAAGAAAAAGAAACAAAAGAAAGUAUCUCACGAAGUUAUGGAAGAACAUUCUGAACAGUCUUCAAUGUCAUCCUCCUCUUCCUCAAAAAUUCGGAGAACUAUGGCCUCAGUAACAAAUACUGGUGAUAAACCCAAGAAAAAAAAUGGCAAAAAUGCUAAGGAGUUAGAAGAGGAAGAAGAAGAGCAAAGGAAAGCUCGUGAAUCAAAGUCAAAAUUAAAAUCAUCAAAAUCCAAAGCAGUAAAAGUGAUUUCAGAAGAAGAUGGCAGUGGGGUAGAGAAUGCACUGACAACAGCAGGUACCACAACUUCUACAGCAAGGCAGUCUUCCACCGCAUCUACGACCAGGGUGCCAUCUACUACAACAACGACAACUGAGGUACCAUCUACAACUACUAAAACCACAACUGAAGUGCCAUCUACAACUACUACAACCACAACCAAACUGCCACCUACUACUACAACCACAACUAAGAUGCCAGCUACUACAACACCCACAACUAAGAUACCAGGUAUUACAACAACUACAGUGAAGCAGCCAACUACUACAAUGCCCACAACACAGUUGACACCAACUACUGCAACUACAACUAAUCUUCCCCCUACUACAACGACCACUACCAAGCUGCCUUCUACCACAAUGGCCACAACAGAGGUGCCCACUUUUACGAAGACUACAACAAAGCUGCCAUCUUCAACUACUAAGCAACCUGACACAGAUUAUACAACUCAAGGUAAAAAAGAUACUGCAGCAAAUCUUGAAAACCAUGUUAGACAGACCCCCACACCCCAAACCGAGAAAGUGACUACAUCCUUGAGAUCUGCUACCCCUAAACCAUUAAACUUGCUAUCUAGCACGGCUUCUAUUAUCAAUAAACAACUGACAUUGUCUACUGUGGCUACUAUUAGGGCAAACAAAGACACAGAUUCUGCUGUUCAGAAAACCACAAUCAGUCCAGCUAAAGAUACAAUGACAAUUUCUAAAAGAGAUACCACUACUGCAACAUCAGAAGCUGUUGAAGACACAAAUAAUGCAAACAACCAGGCUGUAACAACAGUAGGAAAAAGUGAAGCAACAAAUGAAAGAGUUACAACUACUGCAAAUAAAGACUAUAUAGCAACAGAUAUUAAGGAAAGGAUUACUAAUGAAGAUAUAUACUCAACUCCUGCUACUUUGUUCACAAAUACACCUCAAACUGAAGAACAUAGACAUGUCAGAACAGAAAGAAGUACUACAAAAACAGGAACAUCAAUAACUCAUACAAGUCACACCUCUAGUUCUGCUAACCAUAUUAAAAAAGGGAGCUCAGAAGAGACCACUACAGUUGCAGAUGCAUUAAGAACACAACCUGGCAUUUCAAGUGCUACAACAAGUGAUGUUGGCAAACUAGAAACAGCAGUAACACAGACAAAUCCAGGUGACAAAAGCAAUCCCUCAUUGAGUAAUAAAAGUGACAACCCAGAAAGGACUACUUCACUUGAUCAGACAACAACACAGACCAAUUCAGGUGAUACAAGCAGUCUCUCUGGUGUUUAUAAAAGUGACAAUCCUGAAGGGAUUACUUCAGUCACUGGGACAUCACAGACUGAUCCAGGGGGUACAACUAGCUCUGGUGGUAUUGAUAAAGAUAAUAAAUCAGACAGGACUACGCCAAUAAGUGAAACACUAAAAACACAGACUCAUCCAGGUGAUACAACCAGUCAAAGUGAAGUUUUAAAAAGUGACAGGCCAGAGGGAACUACAUCAGUCACUGAGACAUCAACAACACAGAGAAAUCCAGGUGGCUCAACCAGUCCUAAUGAUGUUGAUAAAAAUGACAGACCUAAAGACACCACUGUAACCACUGAGACAACAACAACAACAACAACAACAACAACAACAACAACAACACAGACUGAUCCAGGCAAUACAAGCAGUGGUGUUGAUAAAAGUGACAACUUAGACAGAGGUACGUUAGUCUCUGAGAUUCCGAUAUCACGUAGUGAUCCAGGUGAUACAACCAAUUCUAACAGUGCUGAUAAAAGAGACAAGCCAGAUGAAAUGUCUACAGUCACUGAAACAGCAGGGACACAAACAAUUCCAAGUGAAACAACCAGUCCCAGUGAUUUUGAUAAAAGCAGCAACCCAGACAGGACUGUUCCAGGCACUGAGACAACAAUGAUGCAAACUAAUCCAGGUGACAUAGCCAGUCCUGGUUAUGCUGAUAAAAGUGACAAACCAGACAAAACUACUCCAGUACCUGAGACACUGGUAACACAGAGUGAUCCAACUGAUACAGCCAACCCUAAUAGUGUGGAUAAAAGUGACAAACCAGAAGAAACUACCACAGUAACCAAAACAACAACAACACAAACAAAUUCAGGUGACACAACCAACCCUGAUAAUAACAAAAGUGACAAACCAGAAGGGACUAUUCCAGUCACUGAGACAACAGUACAACAGACUGAUCCAAAUGAUACAACUACUCCCAGCAGUGUUGAUAAAAGUGAUAAACCAGAAGGGACUACUACAGACGCUAAGACAACAGUAACACAGACUGAUCCAAAUGAUACAACUACUCCCAGCAGUAUUGAUAAAAGUGAUAAACCAGAAGGGACUAGUACAGUUACAGAGACCACCAUAACACAGACUGAUCCAAAUGAUACAACUACUCCCAGCAGUGUUGAUAAAAGUGAUAAACCAGAAGGGACUACUACAGACUCUAAGACAACAGUAACACAGACUGAUCCAAAUGAUACAACUACUCCCAGCAGUGUUGACAAAAGCGAUAAACCAGAAGGGACUAGUACCGUUACUGAGACAACUAUAGCACAGACUGAUCCAAAUGAUACUAGUCCCAGUACUGUUGAUAAAAGGGAUCAACCAGAAGAGACUACUAUGAUCACUGAGACAACCACAACACAGACAAAGCCAGGAGAUACAAGCAGUCCUGAUGUUGAUGACAAAAGUGAUAAACCAAAGGAGACUACUACAGUCACUGAGACCACCAUAACACAAACUGAUCCAAAUGAUACAACUACUCCCAGCAGUGUUGAUAAAAGUGAUCAACCAGAUGAGACUACUACCAUUACUGAGACAACUAUAAUACAGACUGAUCCAAAUGAUACUAGUCCCAGUACUGUUGAUAAAAGCGAUCAACCAGAAGAGACUACUAUGAUCACUGAGACAACCACAACACAGACAAAGCCAGGAGAUACAAGCAGUCCUGAUAUUGAUGACAAAAGUGAUAAACCAGAGGAGACUACUACAGUCACUGAGACCACCAUAACACAAACUGAUCCAAACGAUACAACUACUCCCAGCAGUGUUGAUAAAAGUGAUCAACCAGAAGAGACUACUACCAUUACUGAGACAACUAUAACACAAACUGAUCCAAAUGAUACUAGUCCCAGUACUGUUGAUAAAAGUGAUCAACCAGAAGAGACUAUUACCAUUACUGAGACAACUAUAACACAAACUGAUCCAAAUGAUACUAGUCCCAGUACUGUUGAUAAAAGUGAUCAACCAGAAGAGACUACUACCAUUACUGAGACAACUAUAACACAAACUGAUCCAAAUGAUACUAGUCCCAGUACUGUUGAUAAAAGUGAUCAACCAGAAGAGACUACUACCAUUACUGAGACAACUAUAACACAAACUGAUCCAAAUGAUACUAGUCCCAGUACUGUUGAUAAAAGUGAUCAACCAGAAGAGACUACUACCAUUACUGAGACAACUAUAACACAAACUGAUCCAAAUGAUACUAGUCCCAGUACUGUUGAUAAAAGUGAUCAACCAGAAGAGACUACUACCGUUACUGAGACAACUAUAACACAAACUGAUCCAAAUGACACUAGUCCCAGUACUGUUGAUAAAAGUGAUCAACCAGAAGAGACUACUACCGUUACUGAGACAACUAUAACACAAACUGAUCCAAAUGACACUAGUCCCAGUACUGUUGAUAAAAGUGAUCAACCAGAAAAGACUACUACCAUUACUGAGACAACUAUAACACAAACUGAUCCAAAUGAUACUAGUCCCAGUACUGUUGACAAAAGUGAUAAACCAGAAGGGAUUACCACAGUCACUGAGACCACCAUAACACAGACUGAUCCAAAUGAUACAACUACUCCCAGCAGUGUUGAUAAAACUGAUUACCCAGACAAAUCUGUUCCAGUUACAAUAAUUACAGAUUCCUCCAGUGAACCACCUACUCCUCUGAAUGAUGACAAAAGUAUUACAGAGACCAGCCUGGCUGAAAGUACCCCAAGCCCUGCUAGUGAUGAUAAAAAUAACACACCAGAAAUAACCACUACAGUUUCAAAGAUGAUAAUAACAGAAGAUCCUUAUCCAGAAGUUGUGACACCCAAUCCUGAUGCUGAUGACAAAAAUGACAGACCUGAAGAAACUACUGCAAUCACAGAGAUAUCUGUAACUGACCCCGUGAGUGAUUUAUCUACCCUUGGUGAUGAAAAAAAUAAACCAGAGAAGAUUACUGAAGUUACAGAGACAAUAAUAACUCAAACUGAUUCAGCUAAUGGCACACCAAGCCCUGUUGAUGAUGAAGGAAUAAAUGACAGGCCAGAAAUUAUAACUACUGUCACAGAGACAAUAAUAACAGAAACAACAAAUGAUAAACCCACCCCUAGUCUUGAUGAUAGAAACAACAAUCCAGAAGUGACUUCGACCGUCACAGAAACAAUUGUAACUGAGUCCGAUCCACUCAGCCCUAUUGGUAUUUCUGAAAAUGUUCCUUCAACAGGAAAACCAGAGCUCCCAGAAGAAAUAACACAGACUGAGCCACCAAAUGAUGAGCCUAAUCCAAAUACUGAUGAGAAUGGUGAAAGGCCAAAAGAUAUUACAAAAAUAAUAGAGACAACAACAAUAACCAACUCACCACAGAGUACACCAAAUCCUGGUGAACAGGAUAAUCCAACUAAAGUUACAGAAACAACCACCGCCAUCACAACAGAAUCCAAACCACUGAGUGAUUCCCCUAAUUCCGAUGCAAGUGAUAGGCCAGACAGCAUCACUACAGUCACAAAAACAACUACAACUACCACAACAGAAUCAAGUCCUAGCACAGAUGACAGUGACAAAAAUGACAAUCCAGAAGUCAUCACUAAAAUUACACGGACAGUAACUACUAUAACUACAACCACCACCACCACCACUCAAUCCAAUACUACAGAACAUCCAGAAACAACUACACAGAAUGUUACAACUAAUACAAAAAUUGAUCUUGUUUCAGAUAGAGAACCGACCAAGGAAAAUCCAACUACAAAGAAUACAGAUACUACGGUAAAAGAAGAGACUACAAUUUCCUCAAUAAUAUCAAAACCUGUCAACACCCCACCCUUUGUUGAAGACCAGACUACAGGACAAACGUCUCCAUCACCUACUGCACGUAUACCAACAAGAAGAAGACAGGUGACUUAUUAUCCAACUACGACACACUCUACAAUUACUACAACUAGACUUCCAGAGAGGAGGAUUACCAACAUAACCACGCAAUACUUUCGGCCAGAAAGGAUUGUCAGACCUCUACUUUACAAAGAUAUACCUGAUGAGAUGAAUUUGUGUAACCGGAAGGCAGCAGAUGGGAUUGUGCCUUUACGAAAUGGAUCAUUAGCUGUGUUCAGAGGUCAUUACUACUGGCUCCUGAAUGGAACAACGCCACCAACACCUUCUCCUCGUAGAAUUACUGAGGUUUGGGGUAUUCCCUCCCCCAUCGACACGGUCUUCUCUAGAUGUAACUGUGAUGGUAAAACCUUUUUUUUCAAGGAUUCUCAGUACUGGCGUUUCACCAAUGAUGUAAUGGACGUUGGCUAUCCCAAACUAAUCAUAAAAGGAUUUGGAGGACUAAGUGGGAGAAUAACAGGAGCACUCUCUGUAGCUAACCAUAAGAACAGACCUGAAUCUGUGUAUUUCUUUAAAAAAGGUGGCAAUCUCCAACAAUACACCUAUAAACAAGAAGGACCAAAGAAAUGCAAGAAAAAAAUUGUGUCUGUGAAGUAUCCAAUCUAUAAACCAAAACCUGUUAUUAGAAGAAGAAGGCGUUUUGAACGUGCAGUCAGACCACAUUUCAUCCGCAGCGUCAGAGUCCAGCAUUACCCAGUCGUUCAAAUCAACACCCAACCAACAGGAAUACUGCAGCCAGAGGUCAAAGUGACAACAUACUGGAGAGGAUUUCCAAAAGAAGUAAAUUCUGUUAUUUCAAUUCCUAACUAUCAGAAGCCAGAUGGCUAUGAUUACUAUGCAUUUUCUAAAGAUCAAUAUUACAGUGUGGAUGUUGGGAGCAGAAUAGCAAGACCAGUCACACUUCAGACUGGACAGACUGUGUCCAAUGCUUGGUACAAGUGUCCAGCAGAGUGAUGUGGAGACUCCAAGAGAAGAAAGAAAUGCUGUCCUGUUUGACAAUUUAUCUCAUUUUUAUUAAUGAAAGACAAUGAAAUGUUCAUACGCCAAUCCAAUUUGAAAAUAAAAAAACUGCUUAAAGCUACACUAGUACAGAAUAAAUGCAGAUUAGACAGUAUAUACCAUUUCCAAAAUUUGUACAGAACUUAGUUAAUAUUGCCUCUAUUUAGGCCUCCUCUGCCACCCAUCGCAUGAGUUACACCUGUAAGAAAAAAACAGAACAGUAAUCAUAUAUUUCUGUUUAAUUCUUCUACUACUACUACUUUCAAUGUCAGUUUUACAGGAGUUCCAGGCUUCCCUUGCUCCCUGUAAACCUCCUGGUAGACUUCCUUUGAGGAGAAUAAUUACAUCAUACAACAUUUAGAACAGUCUGCCCAGAAUCAGAAGUAUAACAAACACCAUAUGCUUAAUGUGGGCUGGAAAUUUCUGCUCAAUUUCCCCUACUGUCACCAGAUCAGGAUACUAGGAAAUAGUUUUUUUAAAAAUUCAAAUGGACUUCCACUGAAAUCCAAUACUAACUAGACUUGAUCCACUGAAUGGAACUUAAUUAAAUACUGAGGUACUACUCAGCAACAGAAGAUCUAAAUAUGGGAUUAGUAACUGGAUUCAGGGCUGUAGAAACACUUAACUUUGAAGCUCACUGAUAUUAAAAUUAGCUAACAUGGAAUUUAAUUUCACACAUCUCAAUAAUGAAACUUGUUUUCUAGAUUUCACAUAAGGUCAUGUGUCUAGACAAUUUCAAUUAUUACUCCCUCUAAUAAGAUGUUCAAUGAUUCGGGAAGGAAAACAAAGAAAGAGUAGAGCCAGCAUGGUGUAGUGGUUUGAGACCAGGGUCUGAAUACCCAUUCAACCAUGGAAGUUUAUGUUCCCGCAGCCUUAUAGAAAGGUGAAGGCAAACCUCUUCUGAACAAAGUUUGCCAUAAAAACCUGUGAUGGGUUCACAUUACGGUUGCCUUAAGUGGGAAAUGACUUUAAAGAACACAACAAUUUCUUUAUAUGGUCUGCAGGUGUGUAAUUUGUUUUCUAGCUACUUUAAUCAUACCCCUCUAUAUGAACAGUUUGUAAUUUUUAAUUUGAAAAAGUAACUAGGGUAGGAUAUACUAAGCAGUCUUGGGCAUACAGAAAUCUGCAUGAAUUGUCUCGAAUGCUGUUGAUAGCUACAAUACCAUUUAGUACACACUUCAAUUUUCUUAACAACUAUGAAAAGUUGAAUGAGUCAAUGCUCUCGCUAGCCCUGAAGGACACUUACCCCUCUGUCUGUUAAACUGACGACCGCGAACACCAGUUCUUAAUGUUGGUGGCUGAAGUCUAACCCUCCGGAAAGGCUUGGGAUGAUUACUGCUCGUGUCUGAAAAGGAAAUGGCAUGGGACAGAAGAGUAAGGGUUGUGCCUAGGGUUUGAUGCUAACUAGUAAUGGCUCAUUUCAAUAUAGAAACUGUGUUUUGGGUAUUUUGUACUUUGGAUUUAUGAAAGUGCAACAAAUACAAUCGCUAACUGAAAAAUAACUGGCUACUGUCUAGUUAACAUUAAUAAUGUCUUACUGUACCUCAGCAUUAAACAGAGAUACACCACCAA